UGUACAGCAACUCACAGUGAGUAGGAAAAAGGGGACCUGAAACUAGGACAGAGCAGUCUGGCCCAUUUCCCUUCGAACCAGAGGCACAGAUUUGCUACAGGGGGGAGAGAAGACACUAGUCUUAGGCGGAGAGAGAAAAGGAGAAGAGACUUUCUGGGAAGCUUGCUGCAGUCACUGAGGAAAGAAGCCCCUGGGACGCAGACCAGUGUGUUCACAUUGCAGAACAUACCAUUUUAUAGAUUAUUUUUAUCAUAUCAGGGGAAGAAUAUUCUCUGAACAGAAAUCUCAUCACCUGGAAACAUGCACAAGCGCACAAAGAUAAAGAUUGCUAUUUUCGUGCUGAUGGUGGGUAUGGCUUGCAUGUUCACGGCGGUGGUAACGGACCACUGGGCAGUGCUCAGCCCGAGGGUGGAGAAAGUCAAUGAGACCUGUGAGGCGGCCCACUUCGGCCUGUGGAAGCUGUGUAAAAAGUACAUCUACAUCAGCUCGGAAAACUACUCGCCGGCGCAUGGCUGCGGACCCAUCAGCCUGCCUGGAGAGGAAAACUGCACAUACUUCAGACACUUCACUCCGGGCCUGGAUACGGAGAUAUUUGAAUAUAAAACGCAAAGAGAGUACAACAUCUCGGCUGCAGCCAUCUCCAUCUUCAGUCUAGCCUUCAUGAUCUUGGGCACUCUGUGUUUGAUGGGAUCAUGUACCGGUAAAGGCAAAGGAAGAGACUACCUCCUCAAACCUGCUGGCAUGUUUUUCGCAUUUGCAGGUCUCUGUGCCUUCAUCUCACUGGAGGUGAUGCGUCAGUCAGUCAAACGCAUGAUCGAGAGCGAGGACACAAUCUGGAUCGAAUACUACUACUCCUGGUCCUUCGCUUGUGCCUGCACCGGCUUCGUCCUCCUCUUUCUCACCGGCAUCGCCCUCCUGCUCCUCUCCAUGCCCCAGAUGCCCAGGAAUCCAUGGGAGACUUGCAUGGACGCCGAGCAGGAGCAAGUUGAGUGAUAGUUAGACAGACAGAUGAAUACGUGAUAUGAGGAAAGUGACAGUGUCUUUUAUUUUGAGUACAGAUUUGAGGAUAGGUUUAUUUCAAGAACAAGAGCUGGCCAUAAACGGGUAACGUCAUGAUGACAGAAACUGGUUUGGGUCUGGAUGGACAAAAAACGAUGGUGGGAAAUUGACCUCCCUGCAAUUAUACAGCAACUUGAAUAUGGGGCUUUUAUCGGAGUUUCGAAAGUUUGCCUUAUCCUGUAUGCCCACCCAAAGUGUAAAAAAUAGCAGUCCUCCUCUUCAGUCUGGUUCAUGUUGGAGAUCACAGCUCAAAUCUGACCUGAGGCCUAAAAGACACCAUACUUCUCAAAAAGGGCCGACCUGGGCCCCAACUCUUUUAAUGAUGGCAUAUAAUUGUUUUAAAUGCUUGAAAAUAAAAAUAAAAUGUAUCCUGUCACUGUUAUGUAACACGGUCUGGUUUGGCCUCACACAUGUCAUCGUUUUGCCACAACUUUGUUAAAAAGACAUCAACAUUUUUAGAGUCAAUGACAUUUUGAGAAUAUAGUGCAUACAGUUGACAUAUACAGUCAUAUGUGAUUUUAUGUACUGCAUAAUGUUUGAUAUCUUGUACAUAUCUAAUGUUCAUCUGUUGAUUUUUGUAUGGGAUCGCUCAAGGAAUCACUUACUUACCAGGAACAUCAAUUGAAGUGAGAGAAGUCGAGACACAUGUAUUCAAAUGUUAGGUUUCAUAUAUAAUAUUUCCAAGAUUUAUUUAGAACCUUUAAAGAUGAAGAAUGUCCCGUUAAAUAAGAACUUCUUGAAUAAAUGACUGAUUUCGAGCAAAGCAGUAGCACAGAGCAGGUUUGUGUGUGUGUGGUAGGCUGAAUGCUAAACACCCACACAGUGUGCGUGUUGGAACAGGUUCAGCUCUAGCAGGUGCACAUACAAUGCCUUUUACUUUUUGUUGACAGCUUCCUAACCACACUGAUACAAAAACAUCUCUGUUCGUUUGCAUCAUGACCCUUUUGAAAGAUGUGGCAAAUUGAUAUUUGCAUCAGUCCAUGUAACUACAUUUUCUCUGUGUGGAAGAAAUGUACAGAGAUCAUAAAACCCCACACGUGUUCAUCCUGUGCAGACAGGGUCAGCUCAGCUCUCUUUGACACUUAUUUUAACUGUAAAAAAUGACUUGCUGUAUUCUUUCAGAAUGGAUUGUAAUUAGCCAGUCGAGACAAAAACACAAUAUGGGUUCAUCAAGGGAGUUAUUUCUUAUUUACAGCCGUCAAUCACAGCAUGCAUUUCACCUGAAGCUGUCUUCAGUAUGAAAGACAGAGCUAGUCGGUCAGUUUUUGCCUUGCAAACUGUACAUAAAAUACUUUUUUUCAUUUGGGAUUUAAAAAACAAGGAGCAAAUAGAAAAUAUGGGCUGCUGCUAAAAGGUCAAGUUGUUGCUUUGGUCCAGUUGGGUUUGAGAAGCAGACAAACCGUUAUGAGCUGUUUACCCAGCCUUCCCACCAAAUACUAUACAACUUUUCAAAGGUAGAACACACCACUGUGCAACAGUCAGGGCCCUACAGCCCUCUGUGUGAUCUUGAAGUUGUGUUUUACUGUAGCUGUGGGUAUUCUGAGACACACGGAAAGUCUGAUGUCCCAUGCAAAAGUCUCUUUAGUUUCUAAUUAUAUAUAAGUUUGACUAAGAAAACAAGAAAAAGAAAAAGAAGAAAACACAAACCUGAAUACUAAUAGAAGUGGCAAUUGCUUAAAUUAAUUUCUAUAUUCUUUCAUAUGUUUUAGUAUUUUUCAUUGAAUGUUGAGUUUUUGAAUGCAGUAUAUUGUGUGUGUGUUUGUUAUGUGCUAUAUCUUCAUAACCAAAAUUAAAUCUUGAUAAGCUUGGGAA